GGUGCGGGCCGGGCCCAUCGAUGGGGGCGGCCGCUCUGCGCUCGGCUCCUCCGCCCUGCCUCUCGGCUCUGGAUUAGCGAAACUGGCGACGUGGGACCGGGCCGGCCCCGCCGCGCCCCGCGGGGUGAAGCCGGGACUCGCCGCCCGCCGGCACCGCGCCGCGCCGGGGCUCCGCGGCUCCGCUCCGCACCGCAGCACCGCACCGCCGGCAGCGCGCCGCGGCCAUGGCGCUGCGGGCCCGGGCGCUGUACGACUUCAGGUCGGAGAACCCCGGCGAGAUCUCGCUGCGGGAGCACGAGGUGCUGAGCCUGUGCAGCGAGCAGGACAUCGAGGGCUGGCUGGAGGGCGUCAACAGCCGCGGCGACCGCGGCCUCUUCCCGGCCUCCUACGUGCAGGUGAUCCGCGCCCCCGCCGCCGAGCCGCCGCCGCCCGCCCGCUACGCCAACGUCCCCGCCGCCGGCUUCGAGCCGCUGCCGCCGCCCGCCGCCUUCAAGCCGGCGGCGCAGCAGCAGCAGCAGCAGCAGCAGCAGCAGCCCCCGGCGGCGCAGCAGCCCCCCGAGCCCUUCCCGGUGCCGCCCGCCGCCGGGUACCCCUUCCCUAUGGCGCCCUACGGCGGCCCCUACCAGCCCAGCCAGGGCAGCGACGACGACUGGGACGACGACUGGGACGACAGCUCGACGGUGGCGGACGAGCCGGGAGCGCUGGGAAGCUCCUACCCCGACUACGAGGCGGCGGGGGGCGGCGGGGCAGCGGGGCGCUACCGGCUGUCCACGCGGUCCGAGCUGUCCCUGGGAUCCCGCGGUGGUGGCGGAGGUGGUGGCGGCGGUGGUGGGCACGUAGCCGGACACCCGCACCCGGCCGGUGGAGGAGCCAAGAGCUCGGCCACGGUGAGCCGCAACCUCAACCGGUUCUCCACCUUCGUCAAGUCCGGCGGGGAGGCCUUCGUGCUGGGCGAGGCGUCGGGCUUCGUGAAGGAUGGGGACAAGCUGUGCGUGGUGCUUGGCCCGCGCGGCCCCGAGUGGCAGGAGAACCCCUACCCCUUCCAGUGCUCCAUCGAGGACCCCACCAAGCAGACCAAGUUCAAGGGCAUGAAGAGCUACAUUGCCUACAAGCUGGUGCCCAGCCACACCGGGCAGCAGGUGCACCGCCGCUACAAGCACUUCGACUGGCUCUACGGGCGCCUGGCCGAGAAGUUCCCCGUCAUCUCUGUGCCCCACUUGCCCGAGAAGCAGGCCACCGGCCGCUUCGAGGAGGACUUCAUCUCCAAACGUCGCAAAGGUCUGGCCUGGUGGAUGGACCACAUGUGCAGCCACCCCGUGCUGGCGCAGUGCGAUGCCUUCCAGCACUUCCUCACCUGUCCCAGCACGGAUGAGAAGGCCUGGAAGCAGGGCAAGCGCAAGGCUGAGAAAGACGAGAUGGUGGGUGCCAACUUCUUCCUGACCAUCAGUGUCCCCACUGGCCCUGGGGCCGGCCUGGACUUGCAGGAGGUGGAAAGCCAGGUGGACGGCUUCAAAGCCUUCACGAAGAAGAUGGACGAGAGCGCCCUGCAGCUCAAUCACACCGCCAACGAGUUCGCCCGCAAACAAGUCACUGGCUUCAAGAAGGAAUACCAGAAGGUGGGGCACUCCUUCAAGUGCCUCAGCCAGGCGUUUGAGCUGGACCAGCAGGCCUUUUCAGCUGGCCUCAACCAAGCCAUAGCCUUCACUGCGGAAGCCUACGAUGCCAUCGGGGACCUCUUUGCAGAUCAGCCCCGACAGGACCUAGAUCCCGUGAUGGAUUUGUUAGCGCUGUAUCAGGGGCAUUUGGCCAACUUUCCGGACAUCAUCCACGUCCAGAAAGGAGCCCUUACCAAAGUAAAGGAGAGCAAGCGGCAUGUCGAAGAGGGGAAGAUGGAGCUCCAAAAAGCAGAGGGCAUUCAAGAACGCUGUAACAUUAUUUCUUUUGCAACCCUAGCAGAAAUUAAUCAUUUCCACAAAAUCCGUGUGAGGGACUUUAAAUCACAGAUGCAGCAUUUCUUGCAACAGCAAAUACUCUUUUUUCAAAAAGUGACACAAAAGCUAGAAGAAGCUCUUCACAAGUAUGACAGUGUUUAAUCUCUGAACAUUGAUUUGUGGACUUUGCUCAAUUUGAACAUGACUUAAGCAGCGAAGCAAACAUCGCUGCUGUUAAAGAGCUAUUGCCAGUGGUAGAUGGUGGUACAAGGAUGGUUUGUGUUUACCUGGAAUCCCGGUUUAAUCUCUGAUAUGUAGGAAGGAAACAGUUAUAGGGCUAUGUAGUAGAAACAGUACCACACAUUGUAACUAAGUUAUACUGUGUAUGCCUACACUACCAUUGUAACUUUUUUGAAAUAAUGAAUAUACUAUUUGCCUUAUUGCUUUUUGAAAUACGGUAUUUUAGUGCAUACUUUGUAGACCUCAAAACCCUUUGGGUCUUUAAGGAAGUUGGCUAGAUAAGCCUGCUUCAGAUGCCUUUUUACUUUCCUAGAUUUGGAUUUCCUAAAUUCAAACAAUUCUCUGUUUACAGACUCCUACUAGAGCAGCUAUGUGAUUCUGUGCCUUUAGACUCUAUUUUUCCUUUUCUAGUAAGUCACAUUUUUAUGAUUGAAUGAAUGAAGGGUUGAUGCCUAUGAGAGGAACUGAUAAUGAAACCUCAUAUUAACUGGAAAAAAAUCAGCUGCCAUCCAGUUUGCACAGCAAGUACUGUCUUAUGACAAACGUUGGCUCAAAAAGGAGAAAUUAAAUCUAUUCACACUUUCCUUGAAAAUGGAGACUACUUGUUACAUGUACUAGGUUGUUAAGCACAUAUACAAAUAUACACCAUUGAAUUCCCUUUCUGAAAUGAAUAUUACAGUGAGGGUUUUUUUUUUUAGGAUAAAGCAUUACUGUGAGUGGAAAUUUGAAGAAAUAGCCUAAUAAAAGUGAUGUUUAUCAAAAGGAUAUGAAUGCAGGCUAUGUGGCUAGAACAUUUUUUUUAUUAUAAGUAGGAAAAGAUCUGCUCAUUGCUCAGUUGCUGAUUCAGUUUAACUUCAGACUUGCAUCUACAUUGCCGGUUGUCUGAGUUGAGACUCCACUGUGAUUCAUUAGUUUACUCGGUUACAAAUUUUCAGGGAUGUUCAGUAAUACAAAUGAUCUGAAAUCAGUCUUGGCUGAACUGACUUGGAAAACAGGUGGCAUUUUUAUGUUUAUAACACUCAAGAAUUAACAAUUGUCUUAAUUUUUGUAUAAAUAUUUUUGACAAGCAGGGUGCAUUUAUAUGUAUGUAAACACUAUCUUUUAAGGAGUUUUCUGGCUUAUUUCCCUUGAAUUAAGUCUGAAGUCUGUGUUUAUAACCUAUUGGUUCCCUUCUUAGAGGUCAGUAUGAGAGAGGAUUUUUAUUUAUCCUAGCCUUCUUGUCCUAAACAAAAAUAACAAAACCUUCAAAGGAAGCAAAAUGUUUACUUUAUUUUUUUUAAUUAAAUUAAUCAAAGAUAGCUUAAACAAAUUAAAGCCUGGAAAAGGAAGUUAAGCAAUAGUUACAUUUAAGUACAAAUCAUUCCUCACCUAUGCAGCAGAAACGUACAGUUCUUUUAUUCAAUCAUGGGAGAUUCUGUAGCUUAACCCCACACCUCUGUUUCAGAGGAAUAAAUGUAAGAAUGUAGUUUUGGGUUUAAGAUUUGCCCCAAAAUGCUUGGAAGAUUGCUAUUUUGACCACUUUGCAUUCAGCAGUGCUGCUAAUACAUACCCAAAGAAAUGAAAUACAGAGUGAAGAGGAAGAAAAAACAACAGUGUUUGUAACAGAAGGACAAUCAGUGAGGGAAGAAUCCAUUUGCAGGCUAAAGUGUGCUGCAAACAGCAAUGUUGACUGUAAAAUAAGGAUCAUAGUCAUAGGGCUGAUUUGCUCUUUAUCUUCCUCAUGGUGUCUUGUUCUACAUUCAAAACUCACCACUUCCCAUAACAGCUCUUCCCACCAGUGCUCCAACUUCCCACAUACUGUUUAAUUACCUGAGACAGCAGUGAGCUGGGUUUGAGCUGUUCUGUGGCUUACGUUUGCUUAAGCCAGAUAGUAUUUUGUUAAAUGACUUUACAGUAAUUAGAUCAGGCUACAAUUGAAGUAAUUCUAUGUAGAGGUAUUAAGACCUGAUCAGAAAUUUAUCUUGGUCCAGUUGAGGUAUUCUAGGAGGUUAGUAUUAAUGAAGUGUACAUGCCCAGGGGAAAUUAAGCUGUGAUAUGUAUACAUAAAACAUUAUCAGACAGGUACAGUUUUCCCAAAUAAACUGUCAUGGCCUUCACCUUACUUUCUCAUUUGUGAAUUUUUGGGGUAGAGGGAGAGUAGGGGUGCUAAUUUGUUAAACUUGAUGUACCAAAAUGCUUGACUGCAGUCCUGGAUCUGAGGUGUUGCAAAGUUUGAAAAGGUAUUAGCACAUUAGCAUCUUGCUUUUAUUCUCGCUUAGAGAGAGUUGGAGUUAAGCAGAUGUAGGGAGCCAGAACUCAGUUCAUGCUUACUGCACUCCGUGAGAUCUACUAUUUUAGUUUUACUUGGAACCAAGUGUCACAUUGACCACCCAUGCUGACAGACUACUGGAUGGUGCGACCUGAGGUCCGAAUGUACUCUACAGGAAGGUGAAUGUAUAUUGUGUGGGACUGUGGAGGUAUCGAGGGAAAUCUAACAAAACCUCUUAAAUGAAUAAAUGUGGAAGAGAGGAAAUGAGCUCCAUAACAUAAACGCAUUUGUUUUAUUCCAUUCCUGUAAUUUGUGUUUGAUGCAUUACAAUUUUUGUGCUGAUAGUAAUAUGUGUCUGUUAUAUUUACUGGGAGUUUAGGGGGAUUAAUUGAAAGCUGCAAAAAGAUUCACUGAUGUAUUGGUUUCUGUGAAAGUGCUGUAUCCAAUGAAAAAUGUAGAAUAAACCCAUCAGUGGAAUAUAGCUACUUAAAAUGA